GAUCAAUCGAAACUCUUGGCAUGCCUGUACAGUGGCAAGAUAUACGGAAAAGGCAUCCUGGUACCUCACAGCUGACAUUAUGGAUCCCAGCUCCAAUGCCUCGCCGCUGCAAGAGCUUCAUAGCGACCUCGCCUGGAAGUACAAGGCUCAUGCCUCCAAAAUCGAGGACAUAUGGCGCUCUUUCAGCAAAGACCAACGAGCGAAAUGUCUCAAGGCUGGCGCUGCAAAUGGAGAAGUGCUCGCGCAUUCCUUGGACGCAACUUUGGGCAAUGUCUGUAAAAUUGUCCCGGAGUUGAAUUUGCAGGACAUCACAACGGAGCCCGAGUUUCUACUGGCUCACCUUAAACAUCGCGCCACAACGUCCCUUUUCCAACAGUAUUGCGAUGGCGCCCUCGGCAAACCAGGCGACCGAAACUUCAUUCUGGAAAUGAUGCUGAAGAAGAAUCUUCGCCAUGUCAACCCGUUCAAAGAUAGCUACACAUUCUUCAUGGACGACCGAUAUGGAAGUUCAUUAAGAAUUGUAUCCCGCCAUGACGAAGCGCUGGCUGCUUUUUCGUCAGCAAUUAAAGCUGGUCUUUGUCUUCCUCAGUCGACGGGGGAACUUAUUCUAGAGAGACAACUCGUGAUUUUCCAGACAUUCAAUAUCCUGAUUGAGGAUAUCCUCGACCUAGGCUCUCAAACGAGGUCAAAAAAUGAGCGGUCCAAGAAAUCUGAACAAGCGGCGUCGGCCGCUCUCUCGAAACUGACGAUCCAAGAGCGACCGAAGAAGCUUUCUCUCCCUGAUUUGAUAUCCAGCGCUCAAGAUCAGAGAGACAACCUUGAGGAAUUUUUGAGUCUCCUCUCUGCUGAACCAGUUGUGCUCGCUCAUGCUGUCAACAUGAGGUUCUUCAGCCGGCCUGAACUGGUCAUAGACGACAAAGGUCGUCACCUACCAGUCUUCUCUGAUAAGCACAUCAGUAGUGCAUUCUUCGAAGCAGUUCACAGCGCCAUCAAAGGUGCCACCGUAUGGAAUUACAUAUGUCGUCUUCUAGGUCUCUUAAAGGAUGCGACUGCUGAUAAAGUGUACCGACCAAUCAUUCUCCAAGAGAUUUCGAAUAUUUGCCAUCUAGAGUACAGCCGUGCUCAAGCUCAGUUCACCAGGCAUGUGCAGACAGGCAUAGGCGCGAAGCAUUUCAAGCGUAUUGCCAAUUCUUACGACAAUGCCGGUAACGCAAAGGUCAACAUGAAGAUUCAGCCUGAAGAGCUGACCAGAACUGAUCCUGCGUUGCACUAUGUUUUGCGCCUAUGUCAAUCCCAGACUAAUGCGAGUAAAGCAGUUGAUUGGAUCAAGAAGUUAAGCGACCUGUAUGAAUCUCAUCCCAUUGAUCGGGAAACUCUACAGGAAAGAGAGAUUGAUGCGUUGGGAGAUUUGAUUGUAAUCACGGCAUUUAUCCAAGAUGUGUCGCCAGUCAUCUCGAUGCCGGCCCUUUCUCGCAAAAAGGGACAGAUGUUUGUUUCAAGGUCCCAAGAGCUGGAUGUCGAAUUGAAUAAGCUCCGAGGCGAAAUCGAUUUGCGAGAGUUUGCGGUGCCAAUUGAUAAUCUUCUAGAGCCUGGAAUGACGAACGGAGCUCUGACCAAACUUGACCAGUUUGUGGUUAGCAAGACUGGCUCGAAGAUGGGAUUCUUGUACCAAGAUCUUAUGGAGGAUUGCUUAGCGGAUCUUGAAAACCAGUAUCGGGCAACGAAAGCAAAGUUGGAGAAGAAGGAAGACAUACCGCUUCCAAUAGCAGCUCCUCAGUCUACAGGCGAAAAAGUGGAGCAGAGAAAAGUCAAAGAAAAGACCCGUCCUUGUCAGUCAACGAUCUUUGAGAUUUUACAAGCUCCCGAGGUACCCAAAGAAGAACCCGUCGAGUCAACGCAGGUAUUCAAGGUCAGCCAGCCGGUGAGCCAAGUAUUUUCGACGCUCUUUAACAAGUCCGAGGCCCGAGGCUCAAUCAGUUGGGGCGCAUUCGAAAGUGCUAUGGCUGAACUAGGGUUUUCUGUCGUGCCGAAGUAUGGAUCUGUUUACACGUUUUCUCCGCCUGAUAGCAUGAACGUCAAAAAGUCGUUUACUGUGCACCGGCCUCACAAGUCUCGGAUAGAAGGAUAUCUGAUCCCCAUAUUCGCGCGUCGGCUAAAGAGGACGUAUGGGUGGAGUGAAGGUACGUUUAAAGCUAUAUAGAGACGACAGUUCUCUUGGAGUUCUUCCUAGGAAGGACCUGGCAGGUCAUUAUAAAAGUGUUGUUCCGAUCGUGAGCGAGGCAAGCAUGUGAUGAGUUUCGUUUCUUCACUGCUAGAGACUUUUUUGGAGGGGCGCAAGCUCAUAGCAUCAGGUUAAUAGCCUGGGUAAGAGAUGCCAUUGUUCUCACCGGUAGAAUGCUUUGAUCGAUGUUAAUAAUUAAUGGUACAUGGCGAGGUAAAGAUGAUUUGCAAGAUGCUACAGACAACUAGGGAUCGUUGUUUUACUAGAUGUCUAAUAAGAUAUAAGCUUCUAGUCGAGUACGUAUUCAUAGGAACUACAAUACGGAGUCAGGAGGGCGCAGUUCUC